AACCCACUGCUGCUCCCGUCGAUGUCAAAGCUACAAGUUUGUCUGUAUCGGAGAUUCUGGUUGUGUGGAAACAUAUUAAAGAAAGUCUAGGAAGACCACAGGGAUUUGAGGUUGGUUACUGGAAGGACAUGGAGCAGGAAGAAGCAGCAGAAAAGGUCAAAACUGAGGGAAAUGAAUCGUCCAUCCUCUUGACAGGAUUAGAAGGAAAUACAUUAUAUCACCUAACGGUGAGGGCAUACAAUGCUGCAGGAUAUGGACCCCCUAGCACUGCUGUGCGUGCAGCAACCAAGAAGUCCCCUCCCAGCCAACCACCAAGCAAUAUUAUGUGGAUACAGGAUGGCUCUCAUGUGUCUCUUGGGUGGGAGCCAGUCAGACCUCUAGCUAAUGAAUCCGAUGUAAUGGGAUACAAGGUGUUAUUUAGGCAAGAAGGCCAGAGCAACAGUCAAGUUAUAGAAACACAGAAAACCUCUGCAGUGGUACUUCUUCCUGAUGUUGGUGUCUACAUCAUUGAAGUCUGUGCAGUCAGUGAAGGAGGGGAUGGGACUGCGAGUCCCCAGAUCAGAGUUCCAUCUUUUUCAGGAGGGAAAGUAACAAGUGCUCAAUCCACCUUACAUGUGUUGUCUACCUUCUUGCCUUCUGUAACAUUGCUUUUGGCACUGAUGGUUCCUUCAACCUCAUGGUGAAGACUGCAGACUGUUGUUGUUUCUUUGCUUUAGCUUGAUGACACCAUGGGAUGGAAUUUUAUGUCCAGGGAGAAACUCAAAAUGCAAGCUAAUGCUUAAAGACCCUUAGAAAUGCCUGUGGUGCACUUAGAGGAGUGUUGGAGACAUGGUCAGUAAUUCAUCAGGUUUUUUUCUCUUCAUUUUUUGUAAAAGUCCUCUAGGGUGGGGACACUUCUUGGCCCAAAAAUAUGCAGAUUGUAUGUAAUAAACUUUUGUAAGCAAACGUAAUUUCUGUCAAACGUACUUUACUUUUUUUAUAUGUUUGAUUUUGGUGACCCCAGUCAUGUAUCAUUAGAUGUUCAAACAGUGUUGUCUAGUACAGUACAUCUGUUUGGUUUGAGAAAAAAUACUUUUUUAAAUAGAGAACAAAGUUUGAUACUGUUUUGUCGAA